UCGAGUCAAGCUCGGCUUUUUCACGGCAGCCAAUGACAGGGCGGCGGGCUUGGGAACGUAUUUAGGUGACAGAAAAACCAUAGAGUAAUCAUUGUAUCGUUCUACAUUCAAAAUGGCAAGAACAAAGCAGACAGCUAGAAAAUCUACCGGAGGAAAGGCUCCACGCAAACAGCUGGCCACCAAGGCAGCUCGCAAGAGUGCACCAGCCACCGGCGGUGUUAAGAAACCACACAGGUACAGGCCAGGAACCGUUGCUCUCCGUGAAAUCAGACGUUACCAGAAGAGCACCGAGCUUCUCAUCAGGAAACUUCCAUUCCAGCGUCUUGUACGUGAAAUCGCUCAGGACUUCAAGACUGAUCUCCGAUUCCAGAGCUCAGCUGUGUUGGCCCUGCAGGAAGCCAGCGAAGCAUACUUGGUCGGUCUUUUUGAAGACACCAACUUGUGUGCCAUCCACGCCAAACGUGUCACCAUUAUGCCAAAGGAUAUCCAAUUGGCACGCCGCAUCCGAGGUGAACGUGCUUAAGUGCCUUAUUUGGCCUUAUAUCAUAAAACGGCCCUUUUUAGGGCCACAAAAUAA